UUGUGAGCCUCAGCUGCUGCCAAGGCCGCUCACUUCAAUUUCCACAGCUCGAGAUUUAGGGUUUGUCUCUUUUCAAAUCUUAAUCUCGUCGUUACGUGGGUGUCGGUGAUGGUAUUCUUCACUGCUCACUAGAAUUUCGGGUUCUGGUUUGUUGCUAAUCCUCUUAAAUUCUUGUUGAGCUACAUUUCAUUAACUGUGUCGGUGAUGUGGGUUUCUUCUCCGGAACUGAGGAGUAUAUCUGUUAAAUUUUGCGAUUUUCGUCUACAUCGUUUCCGUCAGACAUUGCAGAUCGAGCCCCUUUUGAUCUCCAUAAGCAAUUCCCAGAUAUUGCUCUGAAAUCAGCGACUGUUAUUGGGUAAGAUUUCUGGGUUUCUUUCAUUUUGAAUCUGUUUGGCUUCUGUUGCAACAAUGGUUUCCGCUAGAUUUGAUGUUUCAAAGCAAUACUACACAACAAGUAGUCUCGUUAUCGGAUACGCUCUCUGUUCGAGCUUACUUGCGGUCAUUAAUAAGUACGCUAUUACCGAAUUCAACUUCCCUGGUCUACUAACUGCUUUGCAGUACUUGACUUCAGCUCUUGGGGUCUGGGUGCUUGGGAAAAUAGGGUUUCUGUACCAUGACCCCUUCACAUUGGACACUGCAAAGAAAUUUCUGCCGGCGGCGAUUGUUUUCUAUCUCGCGAUCUUCACCAACACGAAUCUGCUUCGUCACGCCAAUGUGGAUACGUUCAUAGUUUUCAGAUCCCUUACACCUCUUUUGGUGGCUGUAGCAGACACUGCAUUUCGGAAACAACCAUGUCCGUCGAAACUCACUUUUCUGUCUCUGGUGAUCAUAUUGGGUGGGGCUUUUGGGUAUGUGGCCACAGAUUCGGCUUUCACCCUCACUGCUUACUCAUGGGCAUUUGCUUAUUUGAUUACAAUUACUACUGAGAUGGUUUACAUCAAACACAUGGUCACAAAUCUUGGGUUGAACACUUGGGGUUUCGUAUUUUAUAACAAUCUGUUGUCUUUGAUGAUGGCACCUCUGUUUUGGGUUUUGACUGGAGAGUAUGUUGAUGUGUUCUCUGCUGUGGGAUCAAAUUCUGGCAAUUGGAUUGAACCAGGGGCAUUUUUUGCAGUUUCAUUAUCAUGUAUUUUUGGCUUGCUCAUCAGUUUCUUCGGAUUUGCCGCGAGAAAGGCAAUCUCAGCCACAGCAUUUACAGUAACAGGUGUGGUUAACAAGUUUCUAACAGUUGUGAUCAAUGUCUUGAUUUGGGAUAAGCAUGCGAAUCCUUUUGGCUUGCUUUGCUUGAUUUUCACUAUCGUUGGGGGAAUUCUUUAUCAGCAAUCUGUUAGUGGAGGUGGCAGCCCUCCAGUGCAGCAUGAUUCCUCUAAUUCUAAGUUGAUGCAUAGUGAGGAUGAUGGCAAUGAUUCUGGAGACGAGAGUGAAGGAAAGGGAGGAUCUGGUAAAGUUUCUGUUGUAUGAGCUUUAGAAGAGAGUUCAUUUCUUUUUCUGAUUGCUGAUGAGGCUAAUGUAGAGUGCUUUAAGCAUAGCAUUAGAUGCUAUAGACCUUGGUUAUAUGUUCUUUAUGAAAAUAUCCUCACCUGGCUUGGUGUUUC